ACACACACACACACACACACACACACACACACACACCACCUAGCCGAUGCAAUCAGGAGUAGGGGGACAAAAGGGAAAUAAGCUAAAUAAGUACAUUUUGAAUGAAAACAAAUGUUGCCCAAACAAUGCAAAAGAUUUAAAUAAGGCUGAAUAAGGCUAAGGAAAACAAAAGAGGGAAAGGUAAAUAAAACACCUAACAAGUGGCAAAUCAUCUAAAAAGAACGAUAUUACAGCAUUAAAUGCUGCGCUGCCACGUGCACAAACAAACAAAACAAAAAUACAAGUUUAGAUCAGUGUACCUUUUACAAUAACAUGUUGAGCUCAACCUCAAAGUUCAGUGCAGCCAACCCUCAUCUGCCCGAAACAGGUCGAAAACAGGACCUGAGGCAUGGCAAGAUAAUAUAUUCUUAAUAAUAUUAAUAAUAAUAAUAAUAACAAUCUAUAUCUUAUGUGUGACACGAAUGCGCAAUCUCACUGACUCGCCAUGGCACGUUUCAAAAAGCAUUGAGAUUGAGCUUUAUUGUUUCUUCUUGGGAGAGAGAAUAGAGGCAGAUAUUCCUGUUCACAGAAUUAUCAACAGCAGUGUUGGACAAGUUGUAAAUCUUCAACAACAUACCAUACUAUCAGUCUCUUUAGUCCGGGCUCACAGAUCGUAGAGGUGGCAGUAAUUUAAAACCAAGCCAGCUGUUUGCUGGAGUGGCUCCACCUUGGGCUACUAAUUAAUGUGAGCUGCACCGCCUUCUUUAUUUGCUCUAUAACCACACCUUUAAAUGCAGAGCUGGGUGGAGAGAGAGUCUCAAUAUGAUAGACACUUUAAAUAGGGAGUUACACAUAACAGCUCUUACAAAGCCUGAAAGGAGGUACAUUUGCUCACAGAGAAUCUUGUGGAUUAUCAACAUUAAUUUUGAUACUUUUUUAAUGCACUCUACACAACUUAUUUACAUUCAGUGACGACCUUGCCAACUGGCCACUGGGAGACUUUGGCUUGCUGCUGUCUGUCAGCCCGACUGAAGCUUGUUGUUGCUUUAGUUCUUGAUCUGCAGUCGAGUUGAAAUGACCCACAGCGAGGCAUCUGGUGCAGCAUGAAAGCCCCCAAAUACCAAUUCUCCUUCUACGCUGGUUUCCUGGUGGGAACCAUCACGCUGUAUGUUUUCCUGCGGCAGGUGCGGUUUGAGAGCACUUUGUUAUCACAGCAUGGAACAAACCUGAACAAAGUCAGCGAUGACCAAGAACAGCUCGAGAAAGAAAUUAAGAAAUGGAGAAAGGAAGGGUCUGCCCUUUUCAAUCUGGAGCAUCCUCAUCAUCCAGGAGAGGACGGCCGCAUGGCUGAUGAGCUGUACAAAAAGGUCCGUAUUCUUUGCUGGGUGAUGACUGCACCAAAGAACCUGGAGAAGAAGACUCGCCAUGUGAAGUCUACUUGGAGUCGCCACUGUAAUAUUGUGAUUUUCAUGAGUUCUGUGGAAGACCCCGAUUUUCCCACGGUGGGCUUAGGCACGAAGGAGGGUCGGGAUCAGUUGUACUGGAAAACAAUCAAGGCAUUCCAUUAUGUCUACGAGCAUCACAUCAACGAGGCAGAUUGGUUCCUCAAGGCAGAUGACGACACCUAUGUUAUUGUAGAUAACCUGCGUUUAGUUCUCGCCAACCACACACCCGAGGAACCAGUUUACUUUGGCCGAAGAUUUAAGCCCUACGUAAAGCAGGGCUACAUGAGUGGUGGUGCAGGCUAUGUGUUGAGCAAAGAAGCUCUGCGAAGAUUUGUAGGAGGAUUUAAAACCAAUGUGUGCACUCACGCUUCCUCUACAGAGGAUGUUGAAAUGGGACGGUGCAUGGAGAAAGUUGGGGUGUUGGCUGGGGACUCCAGAGACAGUAUGCAAAGGGAGAGAUUUCAUCCAUUUGUCCCUGAGCAGCACCUGACACAUAAGUUCCCAAAGAGCUUCUGGUAUUGGAGCUACUGCUACCACCCCAUCUCAGAGGGUCCAAACUGCUGCUCGGACCUUUCAGUGUCAUUCCACUAUGUUGGUGCUUCACAAAUGUAUUUAAUGGAGUACUACACCUAUCACCUGCGUGCCUUUGGAUACAAUUACCAUUACCAGCCGCCUGCUCCACUUGGCUAUGGUAUUGAGAAAUCUGUGGAAGUGAAAAACAGACCAGCUCCUCAGAAAAACAGGCGAGGAGAUGGGGAGGAUCAAUCCAGGACUGACAAAAGACAGAAUGCAGAUCCCCCUCAAGCAGCUGGUAAAGACCCUCCUGCUGCUCCAUCAGGGUAAAUCAGAAGGUGUGUGAAGGAAACUUAUUAGGUAGAGUGUUUAAAUGUUUGUUAAUUCAUUUUGUUGUUCUUGGCUCAUUGAGGGAAACAUUUCACUCGUAUUUCUCAGCUGAGGCACUCCUACUUUUACUAAAGAAUUCCUUCAGGACUUUAAUUCUUGAUUAUCAGGUUUGUUUGGUUUAGCUAUAAGACAGUGUCUUUUAAAAAAGUGGGAACUGCUUUCUGUUAGCUUCAGUCAUUUGAAAAUAAGUGAAGCACUUUUUUUUAAAGUAUCAAUUUUCUAUAAGAACUAAGUUUUCUACAAAUCUGACAAAAUUGAUUUAACAGGUUUUUAAAAAAGUAUUUUUAAACUAUGUCAAACCCACCAAACUUGAUGGACCACCCUGUAAAGCGAUGUAACUUGCUAGAGUUCUUUUGUUUCAUUCACACAUAAGCCCGUUUCACUCAUGAACUCUUGACGUUUUCUAUAUUAUUUCAGGACUUUCAGGAACUUUCUUUUCACUGAUGAACCUUACAACAGGUGAUUUUUUUUGUUGGCCUCGCUCACUCAACUCAAAAGACUCUGUUUGGUUUAGAUAAGGGGGCGUCGUGGAGUAUCACAUGCAGGAGGAAGAGGAGUGUUCCAUUAUGGUGACCUUUUCCAUGGUAACAUAACUACAACAUGUAUAAAUGCAACAGUGGAAACAAAAGAUACUGACAACUGAGGGGAGCAGCAAAGAAAAUAAAGCAGUAAAACUCUGCUUAAUGUUAAUGUCUUCUUGAAAGUACAAAAAAAAGCAUUCAGGUCUAUCGAUUGUUUUGACUCAAAUUUCAGACAUGAUCUUGCAACCUUAAACCAGUGUCAGGAAAACCUACAAAAUCAGUAAAGCUAAAGAUUUUCUCAAGAUGUGAUACAGGAUUUAAGACAGACCCAUAACUGUUAGUCUACUUUCUAUCUUAGCAAUAAUGAAGUAAAUCUUUGUAUCUCUCAUUAGUCUCUCUGUUCUCCAUCUUUUUGUUCAUUUGAAUAUGCCUCUGAUCAUUAGUUGGGCUUCCAGACUGUGGUGAUAGAUUUCUUGUCAUGAUGCAGUGGGCUUACCAUUCAGUCCAUUCUAUGGCAGUGUAUUUUUUUUUUCUUAAUCUAAUUUCAUCAUACUUUUUGUGAAGUCCAAGCAAAAGAAUAAAAAUCGCCUUGUUGGGGCGCCGAUAGCCUAUAGAGGUUGUGAUGCGGGCCCCAUGUGUGGAGGCGGUGGUCCUCAGGGCAGCGGCCGUGGGUUCGGGUCUGGACUCAGCCCUGUGCUGCAUGUCAUGUCUCCUCCCGGCUGUCCUAUCCAAUGAA